AAUUUACUUUUAUUGAAUAUGUGGUUAAUUGCAUAAUAGUACUGAAGCUUUGCAAUAGUUCAACUAAGCUAAAAAUGUUUUGUUGAUGAUUUUCAUUUGUACUCUGUGUCUUGAGGCUUCUCGCUUGUGUCCAACAAUAAUCAACCAGCAUUACUGGAUUCCAGUUGCCCUGAUACAGUUUCUGAUUGACCGCAAUGUCCUUGUGAAACCUUUCACCAUGCUCGUCACUGACGGCACCAAGAUUUGCAAGGAAGAAGUCACACAGGGAAUGCAGGAAAUGAUUCUUUACUGACAUGUUGCACUUUAUGGUUUUGUAUACUUGAAGUAUGUUGUCAACCAGCUGCACAUAGUUUGAUGCUCCGUAGUUGCCGAGAAAAUUUUCAACAACAUCCUUGAAUGCCUUCCAUGUGAUUUUCUCUGGUCCCACUAGAAAUUAUUCAAAUUGCUUGUCAUUGAUGAUCUGUUUGAUUUAUGGACCAACAAAAAUGCCUUCCUUAAUCUUGGCAUCAGUUAUUUUGACUUGAAUUAUGAAAUGGAAUAACUGAUAUAGGCAAUUUCAAUAAAAUGGUGCCUGAUAGGGAAAGUUCAUGGUGAUUUUCAUGAUCAGCAGCGCAAAAUCCGUAAGAUACACCCACAUAACAUAAAAAUUUUUACUCCUCAUGUAUAUGAAGGUUGUAAGUAAUAAAGUCAAUUCAAUUCAAAUAUUAUUCAGGAAGCAAAAUCUUUGUUGUCCAGUUCACUGAAAGAAUAUGUUCAAAUCCUUUAGCCAAAACAGAGCUUGCUGCUCUCAUUAAUUUUUUCCUAACAUAAAUGUACAAAAGCAAAUGGCAGAGACAUAACAAAAUAGAAAUUGUUAAUGAAUUGAAAUCUUUAUCUUUUAGUGAGCAAUUUCUGAAACUCAUACGUAUUCUACCCCUAAGACAAAAACAAAUGAGUUUGACUGUAACCCAUCAAGAACAAACUCUGAUUUUCAUUGUGGAAAAAAAAUCUUAAUACGGAAGAGGGUGGUUCCCAUAAUGAGGUGGUUACGUCAUUGACUGUUCUAUUAUUAUAAAUCACUAUGAUUGCACAUUUAGACAGAGAUGUAAAGAUUUUUACUCCUCAUAUAUGUGAAGGAUGUAAGAAAUAAAGGCAAUUCAAGCCAUUUCCCAAAUAACAAAUCGAUUUUGUUCAUUUUAAGUAUAUAGGGGUCACAUAUAAGUAGAAAUUCUCAAAAUAGAUGCCAUUCGCUGGAACUGUAUUGUGCAUUGCGAAAUUUAGGUUCUUUCUUCCCCCCCACCCGAAUUGAUUGCCUUCUCCAUGGUUACCACAACUCUCGUAGCGUCUACUGCAGGCAAUCGCUUUCCCUUCUCUGCAGGUUGACUGACGGUUUAUACAAGGAGGUAGUUUUCACGAGUACACGGACAGUAAAGUAGAAGCUGUUGUUAUAUGGCUGGGUGCCCGGUCAUACCUCACGUACCGGUGGUUCCCAGGCAGUCGAACGGCGACCGGAACACAGCGUCGUCCCGGCAACAUCCGGUCGCGCCUGCGCAGUCGCCUCCCCGCCCGUCCCAGCUCGGCGGGUGACUCGAUCUCCCGGCGGUCGAGGCCACUGUGGGCGGUUUUGGACCCGGAGACGGACUCUGUGGGGCGGGUGGUCCCGGGAGGCCCUUACAGAAGAGCAGAACUUGGAGAUGGAUAGCUCUCUUUAGCAUGUGCCAGUACAUUUCCACCACUUCCAAAUACCUCGCUAAAACGUUGAUAUUCUGCUGAAGGUAUGUCCUCUUCCAAUAUGCUGGUUACAGUAUUAAGACAAAAUAAGGCUUCCAUUUACAAGGCAUGGAUUUGGAGGGGAAAGGUGGAUCAUCAGUCUCUCCAGAAGGGGAAGGAGAGGCAAAGGCAAACCAGAAAAGACACUUGGCUCCCUAUAUGCUGGCCAAGAUUGAGCGGAACCGGCAGCGAGCACUGCUUCUGAGGCAAGCCAGACUGGCAAGCAGGCCUUACACUCCUGUUGGCACAAGUAGCAACAUUCUAAAGCCCGAAUCCAAAAUAGUAGAUACAGGAGGAGGAUUCUUUUUGGAAGAGGAGCAGGAAGAGAUACAGGAAGUAAAUAAAGUUGUACAUCAACCAGGACCUGUUAUGGAAUUUGAUUACUUAUUCUGUGAAGAAUGUGGCAAAGAGUUCAUGGAUUCAUUUCUCAGCAGUCACUUUGAUCUUCCUGUCUGUGACAACUGCAGAGAUAAUGAAGAGAAACACAAACUAAUUACCCGAACAGAUGCAAAGCAGGAAUUUCUGCUUAAGGACUGUGACUUUGACCAGAGAGCUCCUCCCCUCAGAUAUAUUUUAAGGAAAAACCCACACAAUACUCAAUGGGGUGAAAUGAAACUUUAUCUGAGGCUCCAGGUAAUAAGACGGUCCCUAGAAGUGUGGGGUAGUGAAGAAGCUUUGCAACAGGCCAAAGAAACACGGCAAGAGAACAGAGAGAAGAUGAAGCAAAAGAAGUUUGAUAAAAAAGUGAAAGAGCUUCGCCGAGCUGUGAGGAGUAGUCUGUGGAAAAAGGAAUCAGCUGCACACCAACACGAAUAUGGCCCUGAAGCUUAUGUUGAAGAGGAGGAUGUGUACAAGAAGACCUGUACAACUUGUGGCCACCUUCUAAUAUAUGAAAAAAUGUAACCUGAUCUAAUAACUCGUGUAUAAAAUAUACAGCUUUGUCACUUCAAUUAUUUUGUUUUUUUUUAUUUUCAAUAAAUCAUGAAUUUGUGUGGA